AUGGAGAGCAUCUCCACGGCAACCGCCUCCGUCCUGAGGGAGUGUCUCCACGGCAACCGCCUCCGUCCUGAGGGAGAGCGUCUCCACGGGAGUGUCUCCACGGCAACCGCCUCCGUCCCGAGGGAGAGCGUCCGUCCCGAGGGAGAGCGUCUCCACGGCAACCGCCUCCGUCCCGAGGGAGAGCGUCUCCACGGCAACCGCCUCCGUCCCGAGGGAGAGCGUCUCCACGGCAACCGCCUCCGUCCCGAGGGAGAGCGUCUCCACGGCAACCGCCUCCGUCCCGAGGGAGAGCGUCUCCACGGCAACCGCCUCCGUCCCGAGGGAGAGCGUCUCCACGGCAACCGCCUCCGUCCCGAGGGAGAGCGUCUCCACGGCAACCGCCUCCGUCCCGACGGAGAGCAUCUCCACGGUAACCGCCUCGGUUCCGACGGAGAGCGUCUACACGGUAACCGCCUCGGUUCCGAGGGAGAGCGUCUCCACGGUAACCGCCUCGGUUCCGAGGGAGAGCGUCUCCACGGUAACCGCCUCAUCCUGAUGGACGGUGGUACACAGUGGAGCUGCUGUCAGCUGAUUGGCUGUUUCCCUCCCGCCCUCGUUAUUUAUUGGUCCUCCUCCUGGUGCUCGGUCGGCUCGGACUUGCUGUAAAUAUUGUGAAAGUGCUCUUAAUGCGUUCUGGACUGAAACGUCUCGUAGCAUUAAAUGGAACUACUGUCGUCCUCCA